AGCCUGACGAGCGGGGCACCCCUGUUAGGGGGGGAUGAGGCUGGUCAUGACGACCACCCCAAGAUUACUUCGCUUCUCCGCAAUCGCCUCUUACUCCUUGUAUGCCUUUCCGUGGUGGCCGCUGACUUUGGCAACUACCUUGGCUAUGCCCCUCAUAUCGAAAUUCUGGAGUCGAUCAUCUGCCGCCAGGCUCAGGGUAGCAACGCGUUUGGGGUCGAUGAAAACUGCAAGUCACCUCAAGUGCAGGGAGAAUUGGCUCUCAUAAAUGGGUGGAAAGACACAUUCGACCAGCUACCAGGAAUCCUCCUUGCGCUUCCUUAUGGGUUCGCCGCUGAUAGGAUAGGGCGUAAGCCUAUCCUGGCACUCAGCUUGAUUGGGCUCAUUCUCGAAGAAACCGCCAUGCGAUUAAUCUUUUUGUUCAAUUCCGUCCUGCCGCUGCGAAUAAUCUGGGCUACGCCAGCUUUUCAAAUCAUAGGCGGCGGACCCCAGAUGGCGACCGCCAUGGCCUAUGCUAUGGUCACCGAUAUAGUGGCAAGUAACCAAAGGGCGUCUGUUUUCUUCGUCCUGUCUGCUGGAACCCUAUCAGGCGAAAUUCUCGCAACACCGAUUGCUGCAUUCCUCAUGUCAUGGAGCCCAUGGAUUCCAUCGCUGCUGGGUUUGUUCUUUCAAUGUUUAGGGCUGCUUGGAGCCGCUUUUAUAUCAGAUGUGCCCUUCAACCCAGCGCCAUGCAACGACCAACGCUGCCUAGAGGAGCAGGAGGGGGAGGGCCAGGAAGAGGGGCAUAAUCAGACCGAAGUUCACAAUUCAACGUAUAUCCGGUGGGAAAGGGCCAUCCGGCGGCAGUGGAACCACAUCCGAAACGGCCCUAUGCUAUCCUGUAGCACCAGCCUUUUCUGCACUGUUGGUGCAUUUCUAUUCGCAAGUAUCGGUCGCCAAGCACUGCAACUCAUUGUUCAAUAUGCCUCAAACCGAUUUUCUUGGAGUAUUGCGCGUGCCAGUUCACUCAUUACGCUGAAGGGUAUAAUUAAUCUCGUCACUUUAUUGUUUAUUCUCCCUUGGCUUUCCGCAUGGUUGAAUAAACAUCUACGUCUGUCACCUGCCGCCAAGGACCUCCGUAUUGUCCAAGGCAGUGUGUGGAUUCUCACUCUGGGUUCGGCCAUCAUGGCCGUUUCUACUCAUCCAGCAUUAUUCAUAACGGGUGUUAGCUUGCUUGCGUGUGGAUGGGGGUUCUACUCGGCCCUGCGAAGUCUAGCAAUGGAACUGGUAUCGCCAUCGCAAGUGGGUAUUGUGAACACCGCGAUUGGGUUCGCCCAAAGUACCGGCUCCUUGGUUUCAGGGCCCAUCCUGGCAGCUACGUUUCGUUGGCGUUUGCAGAAAGAUGGGCAUUUGGUGGGAUUGCCGUAUAUGGUUGCCGCUGGUCUAUUUUUCCUAUCCGGUUGCUUAACAAGUUGCGUUCUUAUUCCGAAGGGAAUAAAUGACCCCUGA